GCACUUCUCUUCUUCACCACUUCCACCAACCAGAGAAAAUACCCAUUAUUGUAAAAUCGUUUCUUGGGGUUCUACUGCUUCUGUUAUUCUUCUAUCGGGUGCUAGGAUCUUCUUCUUGUGAUCCAUUGAUAAAGAGACUUCUCCUGCUUUGGUUGUAGUAUUGAAUUCUUAAUGGGUGAUUCAGAAAAUACAGUUCCUCCUUCAAAAAAGAGGGUUGCUGGGAGAGAGCUCUCUCGGGAUAAUCCUGGUCUUGAUGAUGAGGAUGAGUCUCCUGAGCAAGAGACUGGGACAUUCAAGAGGGCCAGUGAUGAAGUUCUGGCAGCUAGAAGAAUUGUUAAGGUUCGCCGUCAACAACCUCCAGCAGCUGCCUCUUCCAAUCCUUUUGCUGCAAUCCGGUUAGUACCUCCCCCUACUGAAUCCAGUACAAAACCAGCUGAAGUUAUCACUGAAUCACAUCCUGGUGAGCAAAAAGUUUCAGAAGAAGCAGAAGUAACAAGUGAUGUGGGUACAGACACUGAAAAGGGGCUUGAAAUAACUGAGCCAAAACGAGAUCAGAAUGAUAAGCCGUCAGAAACCAGGAUUGAUGAACCGAAGGCCGAAUCUGAUACUGAUAAGAAGAAAAGUGGUCCAGUUGAUGAAGUAAGUAAACCUGAGAGUGGUGAGGAAAAGGAAGUUGUUGAUGAAACUGAGGAGGUAGAUAAAGAAGAGAAUGGUCAACCAAAUGCAGCUUCUCCUCUAAGUUCAUUUCAACAACUGUCAAGCAACCAAAAUGCUUUCACAGGUCUUGUUGGUACUGGAUUUUCCAGUUCGUCAUUCUCCUUUGGCUCAAUUCCAAAAGAUGGUUCUGGAGUUGGUUUUGGCUCUGGUUCUGGGUCUCUGUUUGGGCUUAAGAAUGACAAACCAUCUUCUUAUCCAUCCUUCAGUUUUGGUAGCUCUAACAAUGGGAGCCCUUCUGUCUUUAGAACCGGAGGGGAAUCCAGUGUUGCUAAGAGCGAGGGAGGUGGCCCCUCCUUGCAGGAGGUGCAGGUUGAGACAGGGGAAGAGAAUGAGAAGGCUGUUUUUUCUGCUGAUGCUGUGUUGUUCGAGUAUCUUGAUGGAGGUUGGAAGGAACGAGGAAAAGGAGAACUCAAAGUGAAUGUUUCAACGACUGGAACUGAAAAGGCCAGACUUAUUAUGAGAGCUAGGGGGAACUUACGGUUGAUCUUGAAUGCAAGUCUUUAUCCGGACAUGAAAUUCACAAAUAUGGACAAGAAGGGCAUUACUUUUGCUUGCAUAAAUAGCACAGGAGAAUGUAAGGAAGGGCUUUCCACAUUUGCAUUGAAGUUCAAGGAUGGUUCCAUUAUGGAAGAGUUCCGUGGAGAAGUUAUGGCGCACAAAUGUAAGAAGACUACAGUCCUGAAGACACCAGAGAAUUCUCCUAAGGCUUCGGAUGAUUAAAUGCUGAGAUAAUGCUAGAAGAAAUUGACUUCUUGUGUAAAACUGCACCCUGGGUAAUAGCUGCGGAAAUCCUCUUUCUUUUUGUUUAUGUAUUAGCAAUUUAUCAAGUCUUAUGCAGUUGAGAAUUUAUAGAGUCCUAUCCAAACUGGUUGUUCUUUGUCUGCAAUAUAGUCUUGGUCAGAAUGUUCCAUCUUUUCUGAUUAGAAGUUCUAGUUGAACUGCAUAACUUGCGGCUCCAAAGAUGUUGACUACUUCAUUGUAAUGCUUGAAAUUAUUUUAUAGAAGAGAUGUCUUUUUCUUUCUCCAGAAA